AGCCUCGGGGUCCCGGGCUGAGGGAGCCGGAAGGAAGUGAGUGAGUCCCGCCCCUUUCCCCUUCUCGUUUCCGUAGGAGCCACCUCCGCUGCUGCUGCCGCCGCUGCGUGUUCUUCGGAGUCUUCCUGCAGUACCCUCGGUCCCCGGCCGCGCGGAGCCGGGAUGCACUGCUCCUGCUGUGGGUCCUCAUCAUGGAGACCAAACGGGUGGAGAUUCCCGGCAGCGUCCUGGACGAUCUCUGCAGCCGAUUUAUUUUGCAUAUUCCCAGCGAGGAAAGAGACAAUGCUAUCCGAGUGUGUUUUCAGAUUGAACUUGCCCAUUGGUUUUACUUGGAUUUCUACAUGCAGAACACACCAGGAUUACCUCAGUGUGGGAUAAGAGACUUUGCUAAAGCUGUCUUCAAUCAUUGUCCAUUUUUGCUGCCUCAAGGUGAAGAUGUGGAAAAAAUUUUGGAUGAAUGGAAGGAAUAUAAAAUGGGAGUGCCAACAUAUGGUGCAAUUAUUCUUGAUGAGACACUUGAAAAUGUACUACUGGUUCAGGGGUACCUAGCAAAAUCAGGCUGGGGAUUUCCAAAAGGAAAAGUGAACAAAGAAGAAGCCCCUCAUGACUGUGCUGCUAGAGAGGUCUUUGAAGAAACUGGUUUUGAUAUUAAAGAUUAUAUUUGUAAGGAUGAUUACAUUGAACUUCGGAUCAAUGAUCAGCUUGCUCGUUUGUACAUCAUUCCAGGAAUUCCAAAAGAUACAAAAUUUAACCCAAAAACCAGAAGAGAAAUCCGGAAUAUUGAGUGGUUCUCCAUUGAGAAAUUGCCUUGCCAUAGAAAUGAUAUGACCCCAAAAUCCAAACUUGGUUUGGCACCAAACAAAUUUUUUAUGGCCAUUCCUUUUAUCAGACCAUUAAGGGACUGGCUUUCUCGACGAUUUGGAGAUUCCUCAGAUAGUGACAAUGGAUUUUCCUCAGCUGGUAGCACACCAGCUAAACCUACUGUGGAAAAAUUGAGUCGAACCAAAUUCCGGCACAGUCAGCAGUUAUUUCCUGAAGGUUCUCCUGGUGACCAGUGGGUAAAGCACCGGCAACCGCUGCAGCAUAAACUGUACAGUAAUCAUCACGCCGAAAUGUCUGAUCUUUUAAAAGCAAAGAAUCAAAGUAUAAGGGGAAAUGGCAAAAAACAGUAUCAAGAUUCGCCUAAUCCAAAGAAAAGAGCAAAUGGGAUCCACAACCAGCCAGCCAAGCAACAGAAUCCCUUGGUGAAAUGUGAAAAGAAACUUCAUCCACGAAAACUUCAGGAUACUUUUGAAACAGAUGCUGUGUAUGACUCGCCUCACUCCGGUGAAGACCAGUUGCUCGAACAUGCUGAGGGCCAGGCUGUGGCAUGUAACGGACACUGCAAAUUCCCCUUUUCAUCCCAAGCUUUUUUGAGUUUCAAGUUUGACCAUAAUGCUAUAAUGAAAAUCUUGGACCUCUGAUCGCAGCACAUGUGGAAGUCCCCAGAUCAGAGGCGUGUUGCAUUUGAGUGGGUGUCUCUUUGAGCCUUACCUUUCUCAGGUGUUGUAAAGAAAUGCAGGGAGACGAUGAUGUUUCUGAAGAGAUGUUCUCUGUGCAGAAGAGAGAGUAGAAAGAAACAUGAAUUUGCACUGUAAAUGUGGUUAUAACUUUUAUACACAUGUACCUUUUCAGUGUUUGGCUAAUGAAUUUAAGUUGCUUUUUAUGCGGGCAUUUUUUUCUGUGAUUGUGGUUUUUAUCUUGUUUUCUGGUCACAGAAAUAGUGUUUGAGUCAUCAUUAAGUAGCCAGGUUAAUGGGAAUAUGCCAUCUUCCCACUACAGUGAUUGUAAUACUAGUUUCCUUAUACUGAAAAUUUUAAAAAUUUUAAACUUAAAAUACACAAUUAUUAAAUGAAUACAAGACCCGAAAUGUCACGGAAGUCAAGAUUGCAGGGCAUCUACUCUGGUGGCAUUUUGCACAUUGCUCCGCUUCUAACCGCUGAGGUUCUCUUACCCUCCUUGCUAGGAGUUUUGUUGAAAGGUUUUGCUUAGAGUCAGAAUCUGCUAUAUAAUGUUCAUGUUCAAAAUGAACUCACGGCACUUCGUUAAAGGACAAAGCCCUCAGCCUGGAGAGGGGCUUGAGCUGGUGGUGCAGAGCUGCGGCUCCAGUUGCAGUUGCGCCGAGUGCUCUCAGUGGGCCUGGGAGGUUGUGGGGAGAGGACAGCGGGGAGAGCACAGGCCCGGGACCCCGAGACCGUGCUGUCACAACUGCAGCACCCCACCGCCAGCCCCUGGGGAGCGUGUGAUUUUGUUCUCGUGCAGCUUGAUUCUGUGUUACAGCUGUGUAAAUAAUGUGUGGAAUACUGACAUUACUUGGUUUCACAUUGCAUGUCAGUGUUGAUCUCUGGAAACUGAUGCUAUGUUAGGUUCCCAUUUGCAGCAGUCGCAGAGACUGACACACUUAGUAGCAUAUUGAAGCCUCUGGACCAUGGACUGAAAAGGGAAGGGUAUGCAGUUUACCCAAGUACUGAUAAAUCAUCACACUAGGGGAGGAGCAGAACAUGGAAGCAACGUGUAUAAUUCACUCAUAGAAUGUGUUUUGCUCCUUUAGGGUUCUUAAAUCCAAAUAAGGAUGGCAGUGCCCAUUUAGAGAAGGAGUUUCGCUAUGUAAAGCUAUGGACAAUCACCAAGGCUUUAAGGGGGCUUUAGUGUUUGGGCUGCUUCUGACCUCAUUGAAGGUGUUUCUUUGGGGGUGGGGGGAAGACUGUUAGCAUAUGCGUGUGUACGCGUCUGUCAUAUGGGUUUUAAAAAUCUAUUUUACAUGUGGUAUCCACAAAAUAUAUCUCUGCUUGUAAAGUUUAUUGUGGAAAUCUUGAUUCUGUAUAGAUAGUCUAUUUAAUAGGGUUUCUAUUUAACCCUGUGGGACUUUUUUUGUAAGGAGUUCACUUGGUAUUCCUUUGCUUUAGAUUUUCAAUGGCUUGAUUUUAAAGGAGAAAAUCUAUUUAUUAAUAAAAGUGUCACCCUCUUGGUGCUAAGCAGGAUGAUUCAGUUAUAGCAGUGUGUUAGGAUUAGGUUAUCCGGUGUCCUGCAUCUUUUAAUGUGACAAAUUGGGGAAUCCUUCUGUGACCUUUUAAGAACGCAUUGUGAGAUUGCUUUGGAAGCUCUUCACUACUCUUUCUAAGAGUACAGCAGCUUUGCUUGGGUCUCCUUGAGCCAUAUUUAUAGUUGGUCCCAGCAUUCCAGGUUUCUGUUCUUAAUGGAGUGAAAACUUAGUUUGUCUGGCAGGUGAGUUGUUUUCACUCGUUUAUUGCCAUCUGGAAACCAUUUAAUUUUUUUGUGAUUUUGAAUGUGUGUUUUUCUGUUUAAGUGAGUGCUUUGGUCAGUCUUUCUGGUGCCUUGAGUUGGAAUUUUCAGCUCUCGACACUAAAGCAGAAGAGAUUAGUUACCAGAAAUAUGGCCUCUGAGGGCGUUGAGCCUUUUCAAGAACCAACAGAUUAUCUCUUUUCAAUUAUGGUAGUUUGACUGGUUAAACUGCUAUUGGGCUGCUUCAUUUAAUGCACUGUGGGUGGGACAAAAUAAGGGUAUUGUUGGGAUGGUAAUUUUGGUAUUGAGGCUUUUAGCUCUCUUAACAGUUUGAGAUUUAAAAAAUGUUAAAAGAUGAGUUAAAAUUUAUGUGUGAUGUGACUGAACUAUGCAGAAAGUGUGUAAGCUGGAUGUACCUAUUUCAUGUACGUCUGCUGCACUUCUUCCCUCGAACCUGUGUGUUAGAUUCUCAGUGUUCAGGUCACCUGGAAAAGAGCCGUGCUUAGCACAGAACUAGAUUUCUUGAUUGAGAAAUUUUAGCAUGGUUUGAAGAAAUCAAGUGAUAAGGGAGUGUGCUGAAUAUGCAAGACUUUACUUCUGUGUGCUGCAUUGUAAGAAGCUAGAUGAGAAUAGCAGUUGUGUUGGCUUCAAUUACAGAUUAUGUCUUCGAGAGAAAUAGGUCUUUUGAAUCCAUUUUUUCAGUAUUCUUAGUUCCAAGGUUCAGUGUACUGUGAAUCUUUUUA